CAUGUUGACAAUUUGGCGGUUUGCUUGGUUAUUAACUUGUUUAUAUUGGGUAGAACCACAAUUCCUUGGGGAAAAACAGGCAAAAACAUUUCUACAACAAAGAAACCCUAGAUUCUUAAAGAAAUCCAACAACCUAGGCCCUCCAAUAAUAAUAGAUUAUCCCGAAGAGGACGAAGGAUCAUUCAGGGUGCUUGAACUUCGAGAAAUUAAGACUGUUUUUAAAGAUGCGUGGUUCGGUCAAGUUAAAAUAAAUAUGAAUACAGCUUUAUGGGAUAAAAAGGAUGAUAAGAGAAGAUUUUCCGCGGGAAAGGAUCACUACUAUAAUUUUCAUUUUGACGUAUGCAAAUUGAAAAAAGCUUACGGGGAAGAGCCUUUAUCACUCUUCUCUUGUGAGAGUAACGCCCUGGACUUGAAGGACCAUGAAAUUUUAGAAAUUGUUGAAGAGGGUGUCAAAGAUGAAAAUUGUAGGAAGAGAGGACAUUCUAAGCAUUUUUUUAUAUGCGAGACCGCCAGAGUUCUUAAGGGAAGGUUAUCACAAGGACGAAUUUAUGUCACUCAUAUUACGCUAUCAUUGUGUUUUUGUAAGGCGGGUUUCACUUGGAAUCCCAUUAAGAAAGCCUGCGAAAAAGUGGGCGACCCUUGCCAAAAAGGUAUUACCCAAUGUGAAAACGGUGGAACUUGCAUUGAAUUAAAAGAUCCAAACAAGGCUUUGUCAUUUAGCUGCGCUUGUCUACGACCUUUCACUGGUGACAAAUGUCAGGACGUCUGGAACCCUUGUGACUACAACGGCACAGCUGAAUUAUGUGGGGGUAGGCUAUAUUGUCGGUGGGACGCGGAUAGAGAAGCGGGCUACAGGUGCGAUUGCCCGAAAGGUUAUGAGGAAAUAUUUAGCGCCGUUAUACGAACGUCCUGUCGAGAUGUAGACGAAUGUGCAGAAGGUUUAGAAGAUCCAUGCGGUGUUCAAUCCGGGCGGGCUAAGUGUAUUAAUACCGUAGGUUCUUUUAGAUGUUCUUGUAAUGCCGAAUGGGAAGGGGAGAGGUGCGACCGACCAAGGGAAAGACCUCCCAAUUGGCCUUGGGGUGAAUGGAGUGUUUGGACGUGCACGAUAAAAUGUAGGCCUACAGGCGGUAAGACGCCCAUCCAAGUUCGGUACAGGAAAUGCACCGAGGGGUAUUUUUGUGAAGAUGGUAAAAUGACCGAAAGAACAAACCGCACAGAGCAGACAGAAAAGAGGGCUUGUCGCCUUGAUGAGUACAUAAAUUUACCUCAUUGUGAGACUUUUGAUCCAGAUUUUGUGAUGGACAAGAAAGUAAAAGACGACAGACCCGAUGAAAAACAAGAUUUUAGAGUUGAUAGGGGUCGCAGAAUGUCAGAUUCGUUAUCGUUUCGGAAAAACGGCCGUAAGAUAAGACUUAACAACAGGGGUAAGAUUAAGAAGCUAAUUAAUAUUCAACACUUAUCGAACUUUAAAAACAUGACUUUUUAUUAUCUAUUACCUCCUGCUUAG